AAGCGUCGUGAAACAAAUUGUGUUGGAAUUAAGAAAAUAUUUUAAUAUUGUGCAAAUGUACGCUAUAGAAAUAGUGAAAAUAACAAUAUAGGGAAAAAUGUCGGACUCCGAAGUCAGCAAUAUGUCGGAUAGUGGCUCCGAAGAUGGAUCGAUAUCCAAUAAGUCGCAGCAAAGUGUUCGGUCCAAGUCCGGCUUUCGCUCGAGAUCGCGGUCAGUGUCCAGAUCGAGAUCCAGAUCAUCGCGAUCUCGUUCGCAUUCGGCCCACUCUGGAUCAGGAUCAGAUUCGCCCCAACCUCAGGGAGGACGUGCAAAUCGUCGAAAGAGCGAAGAUUCGGAGGAUGAAGACGCACAAGGGGAAGAAAUAGAUUCGGAAGAAUAUGAAGAAGAAGAGAACGAGGAUCAUCCGAGAAAGAAGAAGAAGAAGGAGCGCUUUGGUGGUUUUAUUAUUGACGAAGCUGAAGUGGAUGACGAGGUUGAUGAAGACGAUGAAUGGGAGGAGGGUGCAAACGAGAUUGGAAUCGUUGGCAAUGAAAUUGAUGAACUGGGCCCAACCGCCAGGGAUAUUGAAAUUCGACGCAGAGGAACCAAUUUGUGGGACACUCAAAAAGAGGACGAAAUCGAGGAGUACCUAAGGAAGAAAUACGCCGACGAAUCGAUGGUGAAAAGACACUUUGGUGAUGGCGGCGAGGAAAUGUCUGAUGAGAUCACUCAACAAACUCUUUUGCCAGGCAUUAAGGAUCCAAAUUUGUGGAUGGUAAAAUGUCGCAUUGGAGAGGAGAAAGCGACGGCAUUGCUUUUGAUGAGAAAGUUCUUAACCUACUUGAAUACAGACGAUCCAUUGCAAAUUAAAUCCAUUAUUGCACCCGAAGGUGUCAAGGGUUAUAUCUACCUAGAAGCGUACAAACAAACCCAUGUCAAGACAUGUAUUGAAAAUGUGGGAAAUUUACGCAUGGGCAAAUGGAAACAGGAAAUGGUUCCCAUCAAGGAAAUGACGGAUGUACUUAAAGUAGUCAAGGAGCAGGUGGGAUUGAAGGUCAAGCAAUGGGUGCGUCUAAAACGUGGCCUCUACAAGGAUGACAUUGCGCAAGUGGACUAUGUUGAUUUGGCACAAAACCAGGUGCAUCUUAAACUACUUCCCCGUAUCGAUUAUACGCGAAUGCGUGGUGCUUUAAGAACUACAGCAACGGAAAAUGAUGAUGGAAAGCGUAAGAAGAAACGCCGACCACCAGCAAAGCCAUUCGAUCCAGAGGCUGUUAGGGCAAUUGGCGGAGAAGUUCAUUCGGAUGGUGACUUUUUGCUCUUUGAAGGCAAUCGUUAUUCGCGAAAAGGAUUUCUUUAUAAAAAUUUCACCAUGUCCGCAAUUUUGUCGGAAGGUGUAAAGCCCACACUUGCCGAACUGGAGCGUUUUGAAGAGGCACCGGAAGAGGUUAAUUUGGAAAUUAUGGCCAACGUGAAAGAUGAUCCUACUGCUGCCCAUUCAUUUUCAAUGGGCGAUAAUGUUGAAGUUUGUGUGGGAGAUUUGGAGAAUUUGCAAGCCAAGAUUGUCGCUAUCGACGGCACAAUGAUAACGGUGAUGCCCAAGCAUCAGGAUUUAAAGGAUCCACUUAUAUUUAAGGCAAGCGAAUUGCGUAAAUAUUUCAAAACUGGAGAUCAUGCAAGAGUUUUGGCUGGACGAUAUGAAGGCGAAACGGGUCUAAUUAUUCGCGUGGAACCUUCACGAGUUGUGCUCGUUUCCGAUUUGACCAAUCAUGAGCUUGAGGUUCUGCCACGCGACUUGCAACUCUGCUCCGAUGUUGCCACUGGUGUUGACUGUCUUGGCCAAUUCCAAUGGGGAGAUCUGGUACAACUUGACUCGCAAAAUGUUGGUGUGAUUGUGCGUUUGGAACGCGAGAAUUUCCAUGUUUUGGGCAUGAAUGGAAAAUGUAUUGAAUGCAAGCCAACAGCGUUGCACAAACGCCGUGAAAAUCAAAAUACGGUUGCACUUGACGCUGAUCAAAAUCAAAUACGUCGUCGCGAUAUUGUCAAAGUAAUGGAAGGACCCCAUGCCGGACGAUCUGGAGAAAUUAAGCACUUGUACCGCAGCCUGGCGUUCCUUCACUGCCGCAUGUACACAGAGAAUGGCGGAAUCUUUGUCUGCAAGACACGACACUUGCAAUUGGCAGGAGGCAGUAAGACAAAUGUCAACAAUGCCAGUACUUUGGGUGGCCUGGGAUUUAUGUCCCCACGCAUUCAAUCGCCAAUGCAUCCUUCUGGUGGUCGAGGAGGGGCACGCGGUGGAUCACGCGGCGGACGGGGUGGAUUCCGUGUGACGCGUGAUCGAGAACUUUUGGGCAAAACAAUUAAGAUUUGCGGUGGACCGUACAAAGGUGCUGUUGGAAUUGUCAAGGAUGCAACUGAGAGCACAGCUCGUGUGGAGUUGCAUACAUCAUGUCAAACGAUUUCGGUAGAUCGUAACCAUAUUGUUAUUGUCGGCGAGCCUGGCAAGGAAGGCAGUGUGUCCACUUAUGGUCGCACACCUGCACGCACACCUGGUUACGGAGCACAGACUCCCAGCUACACCGCUGCCGGCUCGAAGACUCCAUUGGUUGGAAGUCAGACGCCCAAUUGGGAUACAGAUUCACGCACUCCUUAUGGUACAAUGACGCCAUCACAUGAUGGUAGCAUGACGCCACGACAUGGCGCUUGGGAUCCCACGGCAAACACAACUCCGGCACGGAAUACUGACUUUGAUUAUUCACUGGAGGAACCAAGUCCCAGUCCAGGAUACAAUCCAAGCACUCCGGGAUAUCAAAUGUCAUCACAAUUUGCUCCGCAAACGCCUGGUACUCUUUAUGGCUCAGAUAGAAGUUAUAGUCCAUUUAAUCCGAGUCCCAGUCCUGCUCCAUCUCCAUAUCCAGUUGGUUAUAUGAAUACGCCAUCGCCAUCGACCUAUUCACCCAACACUCCUGGCGGUGUACCGCAGUCCCCUUACAAUCCACAAACACCUGGAGCUAGCCUGGACUCAACCAUGGGUGAUUGGUGUACCACGGACAUUGAAGUUCGCAUUCACACGCAUGACGAUACUGAUCUUGUUGGCCAGACUGGCAUUAUUCGCACCGUGUCGAAUGGUGUCUGUUCCGUGUUUCUGCGUCAGGAGGAUCGCAGCGUUUCUAUUGUGAGUGAGCACCUGGCACCUGUUCCUCCAAAUAGUGGAGAUGAAUUCAAAGUCAUCUAUGGCGAAGAAAGAGAAUCUGUUGGUAAAGUUUUAUCUAAACAGGAAGGUGACGUUCUUGUCUGUAAGAUAAAUGACGAGGUUAAAAUGAUACCCAUUAAUCAUUUGUGUAAAAUGAAGUCCAUUGAUUAAUUUACAUAUAUUCUUUUGCCAAUGCAACAAAAAGUUUCGGUAAGAAUACUGUUUUACUGCAAAAUAUUUGAACUACAAUACAAAUUGUUAUAAAUGUCAAUAAUUUGAAUAUAGCAAAGACCCUCUAAUAGGGUAAACAAAUA